GAGAGCAUGCGGGCCUAUGCAGCCAACGUCUACACGACUGUGGUGAAAGAGCUGGCACUCGGCCAGCAGCGGCGGUUCAUCGCGGUAGAACAGGAGUUCUUCCGGCUGUGGUGGGACCGCGUCGCCUCGGAGCAGCAGAAACAGCAGGUAUCCCCAGUACCAGCGUGGGCCCAGCAUUUUUGGGCUGGUGGCAAUGUUGACAGUCUGCCCUGCUUGUGGAGUAAGCCAGGCUGGAGGCUCGUGGGGGCUGCAGCCCCAGGCGGGUCGCGUAACCUGGCCGCCUUCUCUCUGCCACCCUCACCGAGGUCCGACGGCUCCUGGACCAGGGCCGCCUGGAGUUCGUGCUCGGAGGCCAGGUCAUGCACGACGAGGCUGUGACCCACCUUGACGACCAGAUCCUACAGCUCACAGAAGGACACGGGUUCCUCUACGAGACGUUCGGGGUCCGGCCACGCUUCUCUUGGCACGUGGACCCAUUCGGUGCCUCUGCCACAACGCCCACGCUGUUCGCCCUGGCGGGCUUCGACGCCCAUCUCACCUCCCGCGUUGACUACGACCUCAAGGACGCCAUGCAGGAGGCCCAGGGCCUGCAGUUCGUGUGGCGCGGGUCCCCAUCCCUGGCUGCGCAGCGGGAGAUCUUCACCCACGUCAUGGACCAGUUCAGCUACUGCACGCCCUCCCACGUGCCCUUCUCCAACAGGUCCGGCUUCUACUGGAACGGUGUGGCCGUCUUCCCAGAGCCACCCCCAGAUGGGGUGUACCCCAACAUGAGUGAGCCAGUCACCCCAGCCAACAUCGACCUCUAUGCCCAGGCCCUGGUGGCCAACGUGAAGCAGCGGGCCACCUGGUUUCGGACGCCCCACGUGCUCUGGCCCUGGGGGUGUGACAAGCAGUUCUUCAACGCCUCGGUGCAGUUCGCCAACAUGGACCCGCUGCUGGACCACAUCAACAGCCACGCUGCCCAGCUCGGCGUGAUGGUGGAGUAUGCCACGCUGGGCGACUACUUCCGCGCCCUGCACGAGUUCAACGCCACCUGGGGAGUCCGGGACCACCACGACUUCCUGCCCUAUGCCUCAGAACAGCUGCAGGCCUGGACGGGCUUCUACACAUCCCGCAGUGCCCUCAAGGGGCUGGCGCGGCAAACCAGUGCCUUGCUGUAUGCUGGGGAGUCCAUGUUCACACGCUACAUGUGGCCGGCACCCCGCGGGACUCUGGACCCUGCCUGGGCCCUGCAGCAGCUGCAGCAGCUCCGCUGGGCCGUCUCUGAGGUCCAGCACCAUGAUGCCAUCACCGGCACUGAGUCCCCCAAGGUGAAUGACAUGUAUGUGCAGCACCUGGCCGUGGGGAGCCUGGGGGUGCACAAGCUGAUGGCCUCCAUCGCCGAAGACAGGGCACAGCAUGCGGCCCUGAGGUCCAGCUCAGGGCUCUCCUGCCUUGGUUUCCCCUUCGGAGAGUCACCCACAAGUGUCGGUGGGUCGGGCCAGCAGGGAAAGCCUGUUCUGUGUGUAGGCACAAGGCCUGCAGGACACCUCGCCUCCGUCUACAACCCCCUGGCCUGGACAGUCACCACCAUCGUCAGCCUGACCGUCAGCUUCCCUGGAGUCAGCGUCACGGACGAAUUGGGCCACGCGGUGCCUGCACAGGUCCAGAACUCCACCAAAGUCCCCUCCGCCUAUGACCUGCUGAUCCUGGUCACCAUCCCGGGCCUCAGCUACCGGCACUACAGCAUCAGGCCCACGACGGGGACCCAGGCAGCCGCUGCCGAGGCCAGCACUGUCCGGUUUGGCCGAAGACUGCGCCAUGCCAGCAGGGAGCACAGGCGCCUGGUGCCCGUGGCGAACGACUGCUACACGGUGCUGCUGGACCCAGACACCAACCUGCUGCACAGCGUCCAGGAGAGACAAAGCAACCGGACGGUGCACAUGGCCCAGGAGUUCCUGGAGUACCACGCCAACGGGGACACCAAGCAGGGCCCCAUUUCCGACAACUACCUAUUCUCGCCCAGUAAGGUGGCAGUGCCCGCAUGGGAAGCCGUGGAGCUGGAGAUUGUGGCGGGAAAGCUGGUGACUGAGAUCCGGCAGCACUUCUACAGGGAUGCCAUGGCACAGGCUUACACAUACGCCAUCCACUCCCGGCUGGCCCACGUGUACCAGGGCGGAGGUGCGGAGCUGCUGUGCUACCGCGUGGAGCAGGAGUACAGGGUAGGGCCCCUGGAGCUGAACCGUGAGGCCAUCCUGAGGACCAGCAGCGACCUCGACAGCCGCCAGGUCCUCUACUCGGACAACAAUGGCUACCAGAUGCAGCGGAGGCCCUACCGGGAGUAUGUGAACAACACCAUCGCCCGGAACUACUACCCCAUGGUGCAGUCGGCCUUCAUCGAGGACAGCAGGAGCAGGCUGGUGCUGCUGUCGGAGCGGGCACACGGCAUCUCCAGCCAAGGCGGCGGGCAGGUGGAGGUCAUGCUCCAUCGGCGCCUGUGGAACAACCUGGCCUGGGACCUGAACUACAACCUCACGCUGAACGACACCUCCAUCGUGCACCCCGUGCUCUGGCUGCUGCUGGGUCCCCGGGCAAUCACUGCCGCCCUGCGCCCGCAGAGUGCCCUGGCACUGCAGCACAGGCCCGUGGUGCUGCUCAGGGAGCUGGCCAGAGAGGGGUCUCCCGCCUGGGGACCUGCCCCAAAGCCCCCCACAACCUGGCAGCAAGCAGCUGUGACGCUGCCCCCCAACCUGCACCUGCAGAUCCUGAGCAUCCCUGGCUGGAACUAUAGCUCGAGCCACCAAGAGCACAUGCAGGGUCUUCGGACAGGCCACCGAGGGCGGGCCCAAGCAGACCUGCGCCGGGUCCUGCUGCGUCUCCACCACCUGUAUGAGGCGGGGGAGGACCCCGUCCUGUCCCAGCCUGCAACUGUGAGCCUGGAGGCCGUUCUGCGGGGGCUUGGGUCAGUGGAGGCCGUGGAGGAGCGCUCACUCACAGGGACCUGGGACGUGCACGCCAUGGAGCGCUGGAGCUGGAGGACAGAUCCCGGCCCCCGGACAGGCCGCCCCACCUCCCCCUCGAGGCCGCCUGGAGGCUCCACCAUCACCGUCUACCCCAAGGAGAUCCGCACGUUCUUCAUCCACUUCCGACAGCACUGAGUGUCUAGUGGGUGACCUGGCGCAGACCCAUGGGAAAGCUGGAGGUGGGGCAGGCCAGGCUGCAUCCCAGUGCGGAUGGCAGAGUCGGUCCUGUCAGUGCUUCUGUCUCGUGGUUUCUGAAGUAAAAAUGACAUCAGCUGCCAGAUUCUUUCCCGCCAUGUGCAAGCCACCCCUCUCCUGCUCUUCUCACGUGAAUGAUCCUUCCUGUUUUUUCUUUUUUCCUUGCAAUAGUGGGGCUUGAUCCCAGAGCCUUUACACUAAGCGGCAUCCCCCACCCCUUUUUUAUUUUUUAUUUUGAGACAGGGUCUCGCUGCGUUGGCCUUAAAUUCAGACUUCUCCCGCGUCAGCCUCCCAGGGUGCAGGGAUAACAGGUGUGUGCCACCAAGCCUGGGUUUUUGUUUCUCUUUUGGUUCUUAACAUAGCCUGAAUUUUUAAGUGCACCGGGAAAGCAAAAACAAAGAAUAAAGUCACACAGAGACACAAGCAGUUCGCAGUUGGAUGUGUCCUGAAGUCUGUGUCACACACCACACCUGGUUUUGUGUAUCCAAGAUUGAAUGGUGGGCAGCACACUUUCUGCACAUGGAGAAUAUUUACCUAUGCAAAAUCCCAGCCCUAGGUGAGGAUGUGGAGAGUGAGAAUACACUUAACUUGGGGACAAACGUUUUGUAAAAGACAUCUGUGCCCACACAUGCUAGCAGGAAGGUGUGUCCCCGCUGCAUAGCUGUAAGAGAUGCAGGCAGGGUUCGGGUGUGGCUCCGUGGUAGAGUGCUUGCCUAGCAUGCACCAGGCCCUGGGCACUGUCCCCAGCACAUACCGCACAAAAAGUAAACCUGAGGCAGGCUCAGGUGGUGAACACCUACAAUCCCAGCACUCAGGAGGCUGAGGCAGGAGGGUCAGCACAAGUUCAAGGCCAAGCUGUGCUACCUUCUUUCAAAAAAGUGAGACCUUGUUUCAAAAAAGGAAAUCUGAACACAUCUGCACUUAUCCCUCGUCUGCUUCCUUCCACCCUGUGCUGCUGCCUAAUAAGCACAUCCUGACUCACAGAGUGGUGGAAAAACAUGUCCCGGCUGCAUUUUUUCUGUAACAAAACAACCUGUACAACUCCACUAAUUCACUGGCUCUACUUUUUAUCGCACGUUGUCAACUCGGGGCAUCUAUAAAGCUUAGAUGUUUUGAAAUAAUGAACUUUGUCCACAACAACCAUAUUUCAUCAAAAAUGCACAUGUACACCUGGUGAUGACAAAAUACAGGUGAUGCUUCAAGUUUUAGAUUUUUUAGUUGUUUCUUCUUUUUUUUUUUGUACCGGGGAUUGAACUCGGGACUUUGUGCUUGCGAGGCAGGGGGCCAAACCACUGAGCUAAAUCCCCGGCCCUUUAGAUUUUUUAUUACAGUAAAGACAUUGCCAUGAAUCCCCUCUAAAUCCUCCCUUGCUUUGAACCCACUCAUCCCGUCGUUCUUGCCACUUGAUGCAGCAGCUCUGAGGCGUCCACUACAGUCCUCCACUCUCCAACUAAGCUACAGAAGGACUUGCUCUGCGACAGCUCUGGAGUCCUCUUUUCUGAGGGUCUUCAGCUGUGCCGUCAUGGCUGCCUCGAUGUCCUAAAUUGAUUGAAAAUAUGCAUGGCAAGUUCUCUUAAAUAAAAGCAUGAUGCUAACCGUGAAA